AUGGUCCGUCCCGAGUUUCCCUUAGGUCUGCUGCUUCCGACGUGCCUGCUGCUGGUGUUGCUGGCCGCACAAGGCGGCAACGCUGAUGACGCGGCGGAGCAGCUCCGCGUUCAAAAGGCCAUGCUGUCCGAGCUGGAGUACAACAAAAACGCACUGGCCCUGAAGGAACCAUGGGUCCAUCCUUCCGUCUGGCUAAGCUACUGGACUUAUCGAGCCACAAAGUACUUUACCUCUCCCGCCCAGGUCAGCCUAUUGGAUGAGCUCAACGCACAGAACGCGCACACGGACCCCAUGAAUCCCUGGGACACUCCCUCCGCCUAUCUGGAUAGCUGGAUAGCCAGGAUGAGAGCCACCCUGCAGGACUAG